UGAAGCGUUUAUAGUGCCGCACCCUGUCCUCUGUGCGUAAAACCUCGCACGUACAUCAUCAUCAUCAUCAUCAUCACACACCACGUUUCAUUCUUCCAGCAGCAGCAGCUCGGGACGAGCGGAGGGUAACAGCUCACCUCGCGGACAGGUUGGACUCAGAGAUGGGAGUGGAGCGGCGGCUUUUCUGGCUAUGACACGGACACACCGGGCGGGAAGGAUGGCUCUAACCAGCCGGGACAUGCUGUGCUUGAUCGGAACCGCCUGCCUCUGGCUGCCGUUGUUGGCGGAGGUUGUGGCUGAGGACAGUUACUUAAACGAAGUGCAGAACUCAGUGCCUCUGUCCUGCUCUGAGGGAUUCACAGAGUUGGGAUACUAUAACGGCACCGUGUCUCAGACGGACUCUGGCGCCCCCUGUCUGAAAUGGACAGAGUUCCCAGACUACGUCAUGCAGUACCCGGGCCGAGGGCUGGGCGACCACAGCUACUGCAGGAACCCAGACCGAGAGUCCAACCCCUGGUGCUUCUUCAGACAAAACUCUGGAGCCAUCGGAUGGGCCUACUGCGACUGCCACCAAGGUGCGGCGCGUCUGGUUGGCAGCUCGUCCUCUGGAAGUGGCCGUGUUGAGGUCUACCUGAACGGCCAGUGGGGGGCGGUGUGCGACUCUCACUGGUCAGACAGAGACGCCAGUGUCAUCUGUAGGCAGCUGGGCCUUGGUGACAUUGGCGCAGCGUUGCAGCACUCGCAGUUCGGCUCGGGCUCCGGCCUCUUCCACUACGAGCGUCUGGGUUGCCGCGGUGACGAGAACACUCUAAGUAAGUGCCGGAGCAGGACGUUCGUCACCGGCGACUGUAGCCAUGGAAACGAGGCAGCAGUGAUGUGUGCACCGCCGGAAGGCAGUGGCCCUCCGCUGCGAUUGGUCGGAGGCGAGGAAGACUUUGAAGGUCGAGUGGAGGUGUAUCACUCAGGAAGGUGGGGCUCUGUCUGUGACGACCAGUGGGACGACAGAGAUGCUGAGGUGGUGUGCAGACAGAUGGGUUUCGGGGGUGUGGCGAAGGCCUGGUCGUGGGCUCACUUCGGUCAGGGUUCUGGCCCGAUCCUGCUGGAUGCUGUGAAGUGCACAGGAAACGAGAUCUUCCUGGAUCAGUGUCCCCAUGGCGACUGGGAGCAGCACAACUGUGACCACAUGGAGGAUGCUGGGGUCUCCUGCAGCCCUUAUACAGAUGGUGUGGUGCGUCUGGUUGGAGGAGACAGUCCCUGGGAGGGUCGGGUGGAGGUUUUCCACAACGGCGACUGGGGGACGGUGUGUGACGACCACUGGGCACAGCAGCAUGCAGAGGUCGUCUGCAGACAGCUGGGCUACAGGGGUCACGCGGAGGUCGUAUCAGAUGGGACUUUCGGCGAGGGCGUCGGUCUGAUCCUCCUGGACGAUGUCCACUGUGAGGGAUCCGAGACGUCCCUGCUGGACUGUCCACACGGGAUCUGGGGCCGGACUGACUGCUCCCACAGCGAGGACGUCGGUGUUCGCUGCAGGAGCCGAUCCAGUCAAGAAACCAAUGAAGUGCCGGUUGUCGCACCUUCCACAGGUCCCCUGGCGCGUCUUGUGGGUGGCAGCAGCAGAAAGGAGGGUCGAGUCGAGGUGUAUCUCCAUGGUGACUGGGGAAGUAUUUGUGACUCAGGCUGGAACGACCUGAAUGCAGCUGUGGUGUGCAGACAGCUUGGACACAGCGGUGGAGCAGUAGCAGCUGAGGGGUUCGGUCAGGGCAAAGGGCCGAUCCACCUGGACCAGGUGAGGUGCACAGGGAAGGAGGAGUUCCUGGGGGAGUGUCCCUCUCUGGGCCAGAGCAUCCAGAGCUGCAGACGUCGGGUGGAUGCAGGGGUGAGGUGUGACGUCACGCCGCGGGAGUCGGCGGUACAGGCCAAGCCUCAAGAGCUGAGCUGUGGGCUGAGGAAGCUGGUGGAGGAGAGCAAGAGGAGGAACCAGGGGGAGGAAAUCACGCUCAGCACCACGUGGCCCUGGCAGGUGUCAGUGUGGCUUCAGUCUCAAGAAGAAGAUGGCGGUCCUCUCUGUAGCGGGACGCUGAUCAGCCCCUGCUGGGCUCUGACGUCCGCCUACUGUGUCAGCAGGUUUGGCAGCGACCCGUCCAGGUACGUGGUGCGUGUCGGGGCGUCGGAGCAGACGCUCACCCCGGAGCAGGUGGUGGUUCACAGGAAGUUCAAGGGUCAGAGUGGAGGUCACGAUCUGGCUUUGCUGAAGCUACCCAGCACCAAGGGUCAGUGUCUGACCUUUGACCCCAACACCAACGCAGCAUGCCUUCCUGCUACAGACGCAGUGUCAGGGGGGAUUACUCCAUCUUCUUGCAUUGUCAUGGUUACCGCCAGUUGGACAGGACCAGACUCAAUUCUUGCAUCCUGGGUACCUCUGAUGUCGCCAUGGCAAUGUAAAAAGCAUUAUGGCGACAGCUUCUCCAGCCACGGCACGCUGUGUGCCGGCAGUCCUCCAGACACCAGCCUCCUCCAUGACGACAGUUGUCAGGGCAACUCUGGAGGCGGGCUGGUGUGUCAGGGGCAGACGGGUCGAUGGGUCCUCACUGGGGUCGUCGCCGGGGGUUACGGCUGCUCCGACCCCUCCUCUCCUGCGCUCUACACUCGAGUCAGCCGCUUCAGGAGCUGGAUCGAGGAGGUCAUCGACACACGAGCACUUCCAGAGGAACCGCACGCACACGCACACGUACACGUACACACACACACACAAGAAGAUCUGACACACGUUGACAAUGACCUAACACACACACGCGGCGAGGGCAAGGAUGAAUACUCCCAUGCGCACGGCACGCUCAAACAUACACACGAUCAACAGGAAACAAAUGAAAUCAAUGAUAUUAAACAAAAACACGCUCAUCACUCACACACCAAUCAGCACGUUAACAUACACACACACCAUGUAGGGGAUGACGACACACACGCACAAAUCCUGGUCUGAUCGAAGCCGUGUCUUUGGCUUACCGUCUGUGCCAUGUGACCGCCUUAGGAGGAGGAAGGAGAGUUAAAGGAAGACGAAAGUCAACUUUAAAAGAAAAGAAAGAUGCUCCUAACUUAGGUCAGUACAGCGGCCGUCUCUGUGCUCAUUUUCAAAUCUGAACCCAGUGUUGUGUUUGCGGUUGGUCGGACGAGUACAGCAGUGCGUGCAGACCUUCAGAGUGUGUGGGUGAUAUGUGCUGCUUUACAUGUGAGUUACAGCCUGUCGAGAGGCAGCGCAAAGACUGACGGGGUCGACAACGUUUAGGUUGAGCCUGGCAUGCUCAUCGAGGCCUUUCACUGAUAACUGAAAAUCAAAAAAAAUCAGCAUGGCAUGUAUUUUAAGGAGAAUAGUGUUAAAAAUAUUCUGGGGAUAUUUCUAAGACGUUCACUCAAGAAUCUAUGCUACAGUUCACCUAUUAAUGUGUGUCUUUUUGUGUGUUUAGUAAGAAACAUCAACUAACUAAUUACCAGAACAUCUAGAAUAAAAGCUGACUGUAUAUCAUCAUUGUCCCUCUAAGAUUAUUAACAGAAUUAAACUCCUGCAUCAGAUGUCACGAUGCAGAUGUUGCUUUUUCCAACAGGGCCGGUCUCUUCAGGCUCUUAUACCUAAACUGGUGAACGUGCUGUUUAGACCCACGACUAAGUUAUUUAACUAAGACCAUACCAGAGAUUCUUCGUGAUUUUGUGUAUUUAUUCCCAUCACACUACUGCUGACUGUUUUUAAUCACAACGUUAAUAAAGUGCUGUACCUAAACCCUCAGACAAAUCUGUGCACUAACCCUAUGAGUUAUGAGUACCACUUUCUAAUAAGGCACACUUUUAUAAAAGGGUUUGAAAUGUUUAUUAAUGGUUAACUAGUAAUUAUUAAAUCAGUUAUAAGCAUUUAUUGAGAACAACUUUUGGGUUGCCAGGUUUAUAAAUAACAUCUAACUUCUGCUGUUGGCUUAUUCCAAACAGAACUUUGUUAUUAAAGACUUAUUAACAUUUAUAACGGCAGACUGGAUAUUAUAAAGUAUAACUCUGACUAUUAAUGACCAGAGAUUCUUCACAACCUUGCAAACCAGAAGUUGUUCAGUUCUCAACUGAGCCGUAAAGCAACAUUAACCAUGAAUAAAGUCAUGACUUACAUCUUAUAUAAUCCCUUUAGAAAGGAGGUUGUAUUAGAAAGUGGUAGCGUACGACAAACACGCACGAUGUAGAGAGCCUCGCGCACUUAAGCAUCAGGAGUGUUCUUCUCAAAAGUAUUCCCUGACUUUCCAGGAAGCUGUUGGUUUCCAUUGAUUUCACAGAACUUGCGGAAUCCAUCACAAUAAAUGUUGAAUCCGCAUUUUGUUUUUCUCAAAGUCCCAUGAUGACUGAGGGGGAACCGCAGUGCAUUCUUUCUCAGAUCAAUUAAAAUGCAUUACCUCACUACAACAAUGGAGAAAAACAUCUUGCAGACGUGAUGGGAUACACAACUCAAUCAAGACUCUGCUGAUUGAUUUCUAUUCCAAAGGGAAAACUGGAAACUCAAAACAAACAAACACAAUACAAUAUGGUUUCAUCAGCAGUUAUAUCAAGUGUAUGUAAUUUGCAGUUAAGGCGCUAAAAACUUGCAAAAACAUCGAUGUGGUCCUUUUAAAACUGUACAGGACAAUUCUCUCCUCUCAAAGCCAUUGGAAGCUGACUGUCGGCUCUUUAAAUAUCUUUUUGUACUGAUUCCAGCCGAUGGCUCUAUAUAGAUAAAUAGAUGGAUAGAUAGAUACUCCUGAGAUUAGAUAGUCUGUGUUAUUGCAUUCAUUCUUGACUGAAUUAGAUAGCUGAACUCUCAAAGUUAAAUGUUGUCUGUUCUAUUGUACUCCGAGCUGAUGUGCGAUCUCACCAGAAGAUGGCAACAUUGCUCUGUUUUCAUAGCCCCCCCCUCUCUCCCCUCCCCCAGUCAGAUAACAUGUCCCUGCUGGUUCUUUUUAUACUGUUGCUAUAAGUGUACGGACUUGACUUGUGCUUUGAUGUCCUGUGAACCAUUGUGUCGUGAAGCAUCUUGUAACCUGCAGCUGCUGUUUCUCCAACAUGGACCUGUCCGACGCCCGUUGUUAUAAUCCUGUACAUUAACUCAAUCUUAUCACUUACUUCCUCCCUGAGAAUUGAUGUUUUAUCAUGCAGAGCCUGUAGGUUAAUGUAAAUACUGUGUGUCUGAGGCUGGACGGCGAGGGAGCGGUGUAAAGAGUUUACUUUACCCGCGUGAAACCCGUCAGCUGAGUAAUGUGUAAUGUGCUGAAUCAUGGUUGAGUAUUAAAACAUAUACCUGGUGAGCCUUCA